GGGUUGUAACGAGUGAAACGACACGCAUGCCGCGCAAGCGCGAUGGCGUCGUCAAGAAGGCGCCCAAGAAGCCGCGCGACUAUAAGAAGCUCAAUACCGACUCGGUCGCCGCGCUCCAAAUCAUCACCAAACCCAAGUCCAAGGAGGACGAGGCGGCGCUCUUCGCCACCACCAAGGCGACGCUACUCCACGCGACGUUCCAUCGCGCUGUCUACUCGGUCAUCUCGCAGUACCACCAGUCGUACAUUGACUGGUACCCGGACCACCCCAAGAGCUACGAGCGACAAGGCUACAGCCAAUACGAGCUCGGCAACUACAUGAAGGCGAUCGAGCGCCUCGGCCAAGCCAUCUACCUCGGUGCCAGCAGCGGCAAGGUGUGGCGCACGCUCGGGAAGGCGUGCUACCUCCAGUGGGAGCGCACGCAUGCGUGGGGUCUUCUCUGGGACGCAAAAAAGUGCUAUGAGUAUGGACUCAAGUAUUUGGAAGUCGCAACGAGCCCAUUUGUGAUGCUCGAGCUCCUCCAGGUCUUUGAAGGCCUCGGGGACUUCCCUAACGCCCUCGGCACGGCGCGGACCUUGCUGUUUACGUAUCCGCAGUUCAAGCUCGUGGACCGCGUCAUCUACCACGCAGUCGUGCUCAUGUUUCAGCGCAUAGUCUUCCAGCAGAUCGACGUGACAUCGUCGGACGGCAAGGAGCUCUUGGAGCAGUGCUGCGAGUACUGUAAAUUCAUCAUCGACAAAGACAUCGCCAAGACCGAGUGGUUUGUCGACGUCUUGUACAUCACGGCGCGCGUCCACGAGACACUGGGCAUCUCUCGCACCGUCAAGUACGCGGCCAAGACCUACGAAGAGCUCUAUCGCGUCGCGCUGCGUCAGCAUUUGUUUACGCCGCUUCCGGGUAAAAACUGGGCCGACUGGUUCCAAGACGAAUCGACAUGGAAGACGUGGGUCGAUUACUUUGACGCGCGCCACUGCUAUAUUUUGUGCGUCGACGCGACCCAAGAGGCGCUCAAGCGCAUCAAAAUUCGCCGAUGGAACAUGCCGACGUUUGCGUGGGAGCCGGACGCGACGCUUUGGCUCCAGCUCGGCGUGGCGUACUUCAAGUGCAACGCGAUGGUCCCGGCGGUGGCGGCCGCGACCACGGCAUUCUACUUUGGCCAUUACCGCGAGGACAUUCGGGCCAAGCUUCUCGAGUGGUACCCCGACCAUUGGCGGCCGCUCUUGGAGUGCGAAGCAAAGAGCCAAGUGAUCAUUGCGUCGCUUCUACGCGGUGUGUGGGGCCGCGACGCCGCCAAGCAGCACAAAGCCAACGUGAUUGCUGCAUCGAUUGAGGCGUACGCGACGUCGCCGUACAGCAACCUCCGCGCGCGCAAGGUGCUUUUGCGCUACCGCUUUGAAAAGUAUGCGCCCAAGUUUGCCGCCCAAGACUUGGCUGCCCGUACGCUUCAACGGGCCAGUCGACACUGGCUGCCGGCACUGCGGGCGUAUUAUUCGCACAAGGCCAACUGCGACCACCGACUGCUCGCUCUCGAGCGCAAAUUAUCGUGCGACCCCUUCGAUCGCCUCGUUCGACACGAACUCGGGGCGCUCUCGCCCAUGUACCGAGCGCUCUUUGCCGCGCAAGUUGACGCUGCCACCAUUAUUCAGCGCGUCUACUGGGGCGCCAAGGCUCGGUCUCAGUUUCGACUGGAUUUGGCACAGAAGCGACUCGUUGAUGCCGAAUUGCUUCGGCGCACGCGUGCGGCCUCGACGAUCCAGCGACGCGUCCGCUACAUCCGAGGCCAUGCGAUUCUGCGCACGCGGCAAAUUUGGCGCCAGCGACGAGCACGCCUCGCAGUCAACCUUCAGCGGCUCUACCGAAAGAAGCACUCGCGCAUGGCCCAGUUCCUCCGGCACCGCGCCAAGCUCAAGGCCGACGAAGCGCGGUAUCAGCUCCAUCGCCAUAUGUGCAUUCGCAUCCAAACGUGGUGGCGCCGGCACUUGGCCUUCUGGACCCGCGACGAGCCCCUUAACGAGGCGCAAUUCCUCCUCGAGCGACUUUUGCGCGGCCACGAAACACUCAUGCACGACGAGCGCGACUUGGACUUUUAUGCGCGAAAAAUCCAAGCCAUCUACCGCGGGCGGCGAGCGCGGAUCAACCUCAAGGGGCUCACGCGACGGCGCGUGCCGCCACCGCCGUCGAUCACGGCCACACUACGCGUCUCGCUCCCCGUCGCGAGUCUCGGCGUUGUUCGGGAUGGCAUGGUGGUCGGUCAAAUUCGCCACCUCUUCGAGGUAGCCGAAAGCCUCGUGCUCGAGCCACGGCAACCGCUGCAGCACGAUAUUUACUGCGCCAACUUGGCCGCCGCACUCGCAGCGAGCGCACCCAACAUCAAGACAAUCCUUGCACCAGCGGGGUGUCUCUUGCGCGACGAGGGCCUUGGCUGCUUGGUAGAAGCCAUGCGAACAAACCAGCUCAAGAACCUGCGUGUGCUUGCGAUCGGCGCCAAUGAUAUUCGAGGCGACGUCCCUUUUCGGGCGCUCGCCACUUGUGUGCAAACCGCACACUUUCAGCUGCGCGAGCUCAUUUUGGAGGACAAUGCGAUGAACCUCAGCGGCGUCCUCCACGUCGCGAGUGCGAUGGGCGACUUCUUCUUUGGCCGGUACGGUCACUUGACACGCGUGGUGCUCGGCCGUGCCGGUGUUACGGACGCGGCAUGCGAUGCGAUCGGAAAGGCACUCGCGAUCAACACGGUGCUAAAGCGGCUCGAGCUCCCCGGCAACAAGAUCCGGGACGCUGGUGCCUCGUUACUUGCAACUGGACUGCAGCAGUCACGAUCGUUGCACCUCUUGGAUUUGAGCGACAACAGCAUUGGGUCGCUUGGUGGCCUCGCGCUCUGCGAGUGCCUACCCUCGUCCCAACUGCGCGUGCUUUUGCUGCGCAACAACAACCUCCAAAAUGACGUCGUGCCGCGGCUCCGACUCCUUCUCGCGUUGCCGACCGCCGACCACGUCGAGUGUCUCGACGUCCGUGGCAACUUGAUCCAUGACGACCAUGUGCUGGGGUUGACUGCACACUUCCCACCGCAGUCAAGCGAGUAUUACAUCGUGCCAGAGGCACUACCGCCACUAGUGUUACCAAGUGCUGCGUUUGACGCGGCCAAGUUGAAGCUGCUGCGGCAACCUGCGACGGUGCGCGCCACAAGCAAACCGCGCGACGCGCUGCAGGCGCUGCGCCAUGCACAACGGACGCGCCCUCUCGGCGGCUACCGCAACGCCGAGACGACCUUGCUGCAGCGCCCGAGGCUGCCGCCCCAAUCCUAAUUUAUCGAUUGCAAUAAGAUCGCAAUGACACAAGAAAGAUCUCAC